AUGUCAGCGCUGCUGUUUAAAGCAGCAGUCGGCAAGCGCCGCGCACCUAUCGAAGGGGCGUUGUGGUUGUCUUUCUCUCAUCAUGACACUCCUUAUUUAUGUGUAAAUUCAGAUGUCACAAUUCCGGAGACUCCAGAGUCAAAACGUCCGGUCGGGCCAGGUGGACCCGGAGCGAUGCACUAUGUCUCGAUGGACGCGAGUUCUGAUUCCGACGUUGAGAUAACCGGGAGUUCCAUGAUUACGCCAGUGAGGAGUGGUAAGAGAGUACCACAGUCUGGGGAGUUGAUUGUACUGUCUGAUGAAGAGGAGGAGGAGGAGGUGGAAUGGGUGAAGACGGAAUCGGUGAUGGAGAGACAUUUUACCGCAGGACAGGGAACAUGCACAAGGAGAAAAGAGGAGCGCGGCCCACGCCGGGAGAAUGCGGACUCCCGCAAGAGCAGGAAAAGGAAGAGUUUGACGACUGACGAUUUGGAACGGGAGGGACCAGAACCCAGUUGGAGGGAACAGGAGGACAUGGUGAGGAGGCUACACCAAAAGUUUCCCCAUCUGCAGAAGGAGGAACUCAGAGAUGUGCUUCUGGAACAUGACUGGCUCUUUGAGGACACCUUGGAGACUCUGCGAAUGUUCUCUGACCGCGGGGUGGAAUUCGGUGAAAAUGUCGAUCGAAUCGGGCCCCUUCCUGUAUUGACACAGCAAAGUUCAGAGGCUUGUCCUAGUGCAUAUCAACAGAGCAGGCUGCACACCUCCCUUCCACCAGGACUCCUCAAAUCCCCAGAGGAGACUAAAGUGUCUAGGAAGAAGAGGAGGAGGAGGAAGAAGAAGAAACCAGUAGUGAUUCACCAGUCAAUCACAAGCUCGGAGGAUGAGGCUAGUGACUUUGAGACUCCUCCUGGAUCUCCUUUAGACGCGGGGUCGGACUGUGAGGAGGCCACGGGGAGUGUUAAGAUCCAGAUCAUUGACUUCUUUCAGAGGGCCUCGGUGGAUGAACUGACACUAAUGUCCGGCUGCUCGUUGAAAAAAGCCCAGAAAAUCGUUUCGCUGCGGCCCUUCAAAACGUGGCCAGAUUUGGGGGAGGCUCUACGCGGAGGAAAGGGCCUAUCGGCUGAUCUCCUGUCGGGCUGUCGGGCCGUGCUGAGGGAGAGAGAGGCUCUGCGGGGACUCAUGGUCAAAUGUGAACACGUCUCCAGAGAGAUGACGCGACAGAUGAGACAGGUGGUCGAGCGAGGCCGGGUCUCCGUCGACCAGCCGCGCGUUCUCAACAGCGCCUUACGACUGAAACCGUACCAGAUGAUUGGACUGUCCUGGCUUAGUCUGCUGCAUGAGAACAAACUCGGUGGGAUCCUGGCUGACGAGAUGGGUUUGGGGAAGACCAUCCAGGCCAUCUCCUUUCUAGCCAGUCUCUAUCAGCAAGGCAACACUGGCCCCCAUCUCAUCAUUGUUCCCUCCUCUACACUGGAAAAUUGGGUUCGGGAACUGCGCGCGUGGUGUCCCAGUUUGAGAGUGCUGCAGUACUGUGGAUCCGCGGAGGAACGUCAGUGCCUUCGCCGCGAGAUCCUCGACAAAGCGGCGGAUUACAACGUUAUUGUGUCUACGUACAACCUGGCCGUCGGGAACGGCUCCGACCGCGGCUUGUUCCGUAAGCUGAGGCUGGAGUACGCCGUCUUCGACGAAGGUCACAUGCUCAAGAACAUGAAUUCGCUGCGCUAUCGCCACCUCAUGGCCAUCAACGCCAAAAACCGCCUGCUCCUCACAGGGACUCCGCUGCAGAACAACCUGCUGGAGCUUAUGUCCCUCCUCAACUUCAUCAUGCCCAGCAUGUUCUUCAACAGCACCUCCCAGAUAGCCAAGAUGUUCUCCAUGAAACCCUCUGAGGAGCAGAGCACCUUUGAGACGGACAGGAUUGCACACGCCAAACUUAUCAUGAAACCCUUCAUCCUUAGGCGUGUUAAGAGUGAGGUCUUAACGCAGCUUCCAGACAAAGUGGAACAGGUGGAAUUCUGUGCUAUGAGCCAGAAACAGGAGCAGCUCUAUAACAACCUGCUCAGCAGGUUCAAAGGCUCCGCUGGAGGAGAGAAGAGAGAGCUGAUAAACGUGAUGAUGCACCUGAGGAAGAUGGCCAAUCACCCGCUGCUCCACCGUCAGUACUACUCCUCAGAGCGCCUGGCCGCCAUGAGCAGACGCCUGCUCCAGGAGUCCAGUCACCAUAACGCGGACCCGGCCGCGAUCCAGGACGACAUGGAGGUGCUCUCUGACUUUGAGCUGCACCAGCUGUGUGCACAGUACCCGGUUCUGCAGGAGUACCAGCUCAGCACAGACCUGCUCCUGGAUUCAGGGAAACUCCACCUACUCACGCAGCUUCUGCCAGCUCUAAAGGAGAAAGGUGACAGGGUGGUGCUCUUCAGUCAGUUUACCAUGAUGCUGGACAUCCUGGAGGUGUUCCUGACACACAGAGAGCACCGCUACAUCCGAUUGGACGGUUCCACCCCCGUCAGAGACAGAAUUGUGCUGAUUGACCAGUUUAACUCGGAGCGGGAUCUCUUCGUGUUCCUGCUCUCUACAAAAGCUGGAGGACUGGGGAUCAACCUGACGUCGGCCAACGUGGUCAUCCUCCACGACAUCGACUGUAACCCGUACAACGACAAGCAGGCUGAGGACCGCUGUCAUCGCGUGGGACAGACCAAGACUGUGAAGGUGAUUAGGCUGAUAAGCAAGGACACCAUAGAGGAUAGAAUACUGCACAUUGGCCAGAGGAAACUCAGGCUGGAGCAGGACAUGACUGCUACCCAGGAAGGUGAUGAAGAAACAAUACUUGAUGACAUGGCCUCUCAGCUGAAAACUUCCCUUGGACUCUGA